AUGACGCGACUCCUCGCGGUUUUGACAGCGCUUCUUCUUGGCGUCGUCUCGGCUGAGCUGCGCGUCGACUCACGCGCCAAGCCUGGUCACGCGCCCAGAUCGGGCAAUCGGGAUGAUGUUCAGGACUGUGAAGCGAUCAGCUGGGCAGAUCUUUGUGAACGUCAGUUGACUUCGGGUGAGUGCUUUCAGCUCCAGCCCGGCACAUCGCCUGCGAUGCGCUGCCAGCUGCGCGGACCCGCGUCAGCCCAUGCUCCGCUGCGACCGGCACAGCUGCGCGCGGCAGCACAGGGUGUAGUGACCACCUGUGGGACGCCAGGGGAGCUACGCAUCACCGGGCAGAUCCAGAUGAUUUCACUCCGCCUUGAAGCUGAGACCAUGCUCUUAGAAGAUGCUCAAGUGGAAGCGUGGCAUGAAGCUCCAGAUCUCUCCAUCGAAGCGGGCGGUGCAUUUCACAGCAAGGGGCCUUUGACCUUGACCAGAUCGACUCUAACAGUCAGAGGCACUGGAGCUAUGUGGGGGGGUGGCCUUGCAGCUGGAGAUUUGACUUUGGUUUCAUCAAGCCUUCGAGUGCUGAAUGCUGCAGCAGCAGAGUCUGGCGGGGGAUUCUACGGAGAGGGAGCUUUGAGACUACGUCAGCAUUCCAAAGUGUUCAUGCAGAACGUUUAUGCACUGAAGGGCCACGGUGGGGGCUUCUUUGUGGUUGGUGGUGCGAACAUUACUGAAAGUGGGCUGAUUCACAUUAAGAAUGCCAGAUCUGCCAGAGGCGGUGGUGGUUUCUUGGCCACGCAACGCCUCCAGUUGACAAGGCAUUCAACAGUCAGCAUCCAGCAUGCUACAGCUGCAGAGUUUGGUGGAGGUUUCAUUGCGUUGGACGACGUUGUGAUUGAUGGAAGGUCAAAUGUGACCGUUUCUGAUGCAGUAGCAGCUCAAGGCGGAGGUUUCCAAGUGGAGAAGCGUUUGCAGGUGACGAGGAACUCAACACUGAACCUUCAAAAUCUCCAAGCUGGCAGCGGAGGUGGAUUCAACGCCCUUGGAGAGGUUCAGAUAGGUGGAAGCUCGACAGUGAAGCUUUCCAAUUGCCAGGCAGUCUCUGGAGAUGGGGGAGGCUUUUCGGCAGCAAAGGAACUCAGAGUCUCCAGUGGCUCCACUCUCCUCAUUCUGAAUGCAACUGGAAAAUCUGGCGGGGGAUUCCACGCUGAUGGCAAGGUUGCCAUUAGCAACUCAACUCUCAGCAUUCAGCAUGCUGCAGCUGCAGGGUAUGGUGGAGGUUUCGUUGCACAGCACAAGCUUAUGAUUGCUGACAUGUCCAAUUUAAGCAUUUCUGAUGCAUUAGCGCAAAAGGGCGGGGGCUUUUAUGUAGUGGGUGGUCUACAGGUGACAAGCAAGUCAACACUCAACCUUCAAGAUGUGAAAGCUGGCAGAAAUGGAGGAGGGUUCCUUUCCCAUGGAGAGGUUGAGAUAGGUGGAAGCUCGACGGUGAAGAUUUCCAACAGCCAGGCAAUCUCUGAAGAUGGAGGAGGUUUUGCUGCGUCCAAAAGUGUGAACAUUUCCACUGGUUCCACCCUCAUCAUUCUGAAUGCAACAGCCGGACGUCACGGUGGAGGAGUCCUUUCCAAGGGUAGGGUGGCGAUGCACAGCUCUACCGUCAAUAUUCAGCAUGCUACAGCUGCAGGGUUUGGUGGAGGUUUCCUUGCAGUGGACGAGGUUGUGAUGGCUGAAAUGUCCGAUGUAAGCAUUUAUGAUGCAGUAGCAGCAGGACAAGGCGGAGGUUUCCUUUCCUUCGGAGAGGUUGAGAUAGGUGGAAAUUCGACAGUGAAGCUUUUCAGUUGCCAGGCAGUCUCUGGAGAUGGUGGAGGCUUUGUGACAGAAAAGGAACUCAGAGUUUCCAGUGGCUCCACUCUCCUCAUUCUGAAUGCAACAGCUGGAGGAAAGUUUGGUGGAGGAUUUUGCACUGGUCGCAAGGUUGUAAUCAGUAGCUCGACAGUCAGCAUUCAGCAUGCCGCAGCAAGAGGGUAUGGUGGAGGUUUGUAUUCUAAAGGCGGCAUGGCGCUUACCGAUGAAUCUACAGUUGCCAUGUCUGACACCCACGCAGGGCUAGACGGUGGUGGGUUCAUGGUUGGCAAUGGGCUGACUAUCCACAAUGCCUUAGUGUCAAUGGCCAACUCUACCGCCAAGCGGACAGGCACUGCAGGUCGGGUGGUUGGUAGGGUGCUUCUUUCAUCUCAGUCCAACUUUCAUAUCAAUCAUGCAGAAGGUGAUGGAAGAUCCAGCGUCCUAGUAGCAAGCUGCCUCCAACUACAUCCCGAGUCAAAUUUUGUCCUCGAAGGCAUCAUUGGUGGGCAUGGGUUGGACCUGCAAAACAGCGGCUGCUCCUCUCGUUGCAGAAACACCACCUUCCAAGUGGCAGAAAGUGCAGCCCUGAAUGCAACUGGUUUGUUGAGCUCGGGUCUGUUGUCAGUAAAAGCCUGCCCUUCCGAAGAAGUGCGCCUCUCAAGCAUUCAUUUGCAGUUUUGGAACAGCAGCUAUGUGGUGAUCGACCAUGUCGACAUCCACUAUCGGCCGCCAGUCGACAAUCUGCAGAUCCUAGAUGCUCAGGAGAACUUUAGUAUCGACUCCUUGGCCAUUUCAUGCCCGGACUGUCCGCAGGGAGUGACCUUCAAUGCAACAGAGGAUGGGACUUUGCGAGCUUUGAGUCCAGAGAAUCUUCAAUGUUUCAAAACCUUCACGGUGUCAAAUGGCUUGACGCCCCGCUGCGAUUGCGGAGACUAUCGGAUCACCAGCGAGCACUUCCGCAAUACAGAACUAGUGUCUCUAAAAGACGUUUUCCGGACGUGCAGCUUUUGCAACAGGCACUCUUACUUCCAGGAUGGCAUUUGUCGCCCUUGUGAGAUCUACAGAGCUUGGUCUGAUGGCAAACAUGACGUGUGUCAUUGGCUGCCACGUGAAAGGCCAGAGCGUGUCAUCCUGUUCACGGGUGCAGCAGUGUUGGUGAUCCUGAUCUUCAUCGUGUUCGAGAUCCUUCAGACUCCGUUGGUGAUUCUUGAUGCCAGGUCUGAUUUGGAAGACCCAACGGACAUGAAAGCCAAGAGGAUCUUCACCAUCUCAGUGCAGGGUCCUAUCACCAGCCUUCCCAAGAGCAUAUCACGACUGGUGUACCACAGAGUGCAUUAUCGUGCAAGGGGAACUGGUCUGCAGUGGCUGGAUUGUGAUCCACAAAAGUCCAAGUCCAAGGCAAUCAAGGUUUGCAGCGUGGCACCGAGGAAGCUUUUGCUUCAAAAUGCACACGUGCCAUUUGAUUGCGCUUCCUGCAGAGGGUCCCUGCAUGCCACCGAGACUUGUUACUUUUUCACGCUGCUUAUUGCCUUGGUGUUUUUGCUUGCAAUGCUGCCCACCAUUAUCAAGGUCACAGUCAUGUCCGGAAACCGCUUCGAACAUACAAUCGUCAGUGCUGUGCUCUAUCUUGCUCUUCCAAUGGUGGUUGUGGCUGUGGUGCUGCACUGGCCGGUGUCAUGGCUUAUUCAACGCCUGUACCGCAGAACGCCCUUCUCGGAAGCUUUGGAUGACUACCAGAAACAAAUCCACUGCAAGCCACAUCCAGGCCCAGAUGCAACCCAUCCUCGCAACCAGGGCCUGUUGGUCCUUACACUGCGCGGAUUGUGGAAGCACUUUGAGAGCUUCAUUUUGGACCGGAACAUGCACUUUGUGGUGGCCAAUAUUGUAAGGCCCCUGACACAGAGCAAAGGCGUGUCCUUCGUGACUCUUUGGGGUGGCAGGGAGGUGGACUACUUUGUGUCCCAUUCCUGGGGCACCAGCUUCGCUCACUUUGUGCACUCCAUCCGCUGCCAUGCCCUGUCCAAGGAAGGCCCUACAUUUUGGAUGGAUGCAGCCUAUUGGAUUUGUUCCUUUGCCAACAACCAGUGGAACAUCGCCGCCGAAUUGGCCGACGAUCCCAUGGAUAGCGCUUUUGCAAGGGCUUUGAGGGGUGGAAUUAAGGGAGUUGCCAUGGUUUUGGAUCGCGAUGUGCAACCGCUCACACGAGUUUGGUGCUUGUUCGAGUUCCUCCUGUCCAGUCGGGAGCAGCUGGAGCUGGUCUUCACUACGAACGUGGGAGUCGUUGGCGACGACAGAUGCAAGUCUUUCGACAUCGCCUUGGAAGUGGGCAAGAAGAUCCAGUGUCUACAGGUGGCAAAGUGUCAGGCAUCCAGUGAAGAAGACAAGAGAAAAAUCUUCGAGUACAUCAUCAACACCUUGGGCAGUUUGGAGAAAAUGGAUGACCAAAUCAGACAUUUGAUGGGAGAGAUGCUGGAGAAGAACUUGACUAAUGCAGGAAGCGCGGCUGAUAGCCUGCUCCGUAGGCUACGUCGAAAGUAA